AUGAUGAAUACAUCCCUGGGUGGGUCCUCGUUGGCUCCUCCGUUUCAUCUGAUUAAAAGGAGCUCAACAAGAACGUUGGCCCUUAUUUCAGCUGAAGUUCCGACUCAAAGUAAUACCUCAUCGGCAUUAAUGGCCAACAUUCCAGCACUAGUGAAAGCAAGUUGGGGAGAAUUAGGGAGCUCAUCAAAUUUGAUGCGGAAUUCCCUUCAACAACUUCAAAUUCCUUCAAGUAACAAAAUGCAAAGCACAACUACUGGUACCGUUUCUUUAAAUACCGCACAGCCGUUAUCCAAAAGCCACAGUAUCAUCACUCCCAGCAAAACAGAGGUGUCACAUGCCAACACAAAUUCUAGCAGCAUUAAACCUGUUAGAAGGAAAGAAAGUGCCAAACCUGUGGUCCCUCAUUUAAAGAUACCAGAAAAAUAUCAAAAUUAUGCGGCAUUUUCACAACUAAAAUCACCAUCGAAACCUACAAACAGUGCCAGAGUGGCAGACCUUGCCUCUGACUCUGUAUUCGUUGUGAUAACUGGAGAUGUAGUGAAUGAGCCGAAAAAUCAAGAUCAAAAAAACCCUGUAAAAAAGAAUUAUGAAAUUGUUCAAUUUGAUAAGAGUUUGCAAAGAAUCAAACAAGUGAUACCGUGUGGAUCUUUUUCAAUUUUUGUGGCGGAGGCAAGGGAAUCUGAAAAGGUUUUUAUUUUCUAUAAGGAAAAUACGUUACUGCAUCCCACGAAAAAGGUGGAAAAUGUACAUAGUAAUGCCUUUUUAUAUUGUGGGCCUAAUUUUCAUUAUCAAUUAAGGGAAAUUCAUUACAAGACACUUAUUCGGGAUCAAAUGCUCCUUGAGAAAAAUACAAUUGAUCCAUACGUGUUACAGGAUACUAAAAGUUUAGAAUUGGUAGAUAUUUAUGGGACUCAGAGCUCAUUCAUGCUUCGCAUGAGAAAUAAUUUAUGUUUAUUUGUCCAGUUUGCUGAACAUGCAGACAAGAUUAGAUUUUCGUUUUUUGAAGAAUAUGCUGGUGGCAAUAUUGAAUGGAUUGAGAGCAGUGCUUGCUCAAAUACACUAGUCAUGUAUGCACAUGCUAGAGGGAGAACCAAUUAUUUAUUGGAUUACAUGGUAUUGGAACCUGAACCUCACAGAAGAAAGCUACCUCUUCCUGACAGGGUCUCUCAGCAAGACAUUCGAAUUAUCCGAGUUGGUUUGAAUAGAGUUAUGAUUGUCACUCAGAAUAACAAAUUGUACAUUUAUCGAAACGAGAAAAAGCAUCCAAGUGUUGACUCCAAAGAGGAUCAUUUUGAAUUAGUAGAUUUCAAGUGGCCAUCUCCAAUCAAGCAAGUACGAUGUGGCGGUCAUCACAAUCUUGUACUAUUACAGAAUGGAGCUAUAUAUGCAUGGGGCUUCAAUAAUCUUUUUCAGUGUGGGUUUUUCGAGAAUAUUAAGAACAAAAUACCUAGCAUAUCGAUUACACCUUUUUACAUACCAAAAAACAUUAUUCCUUCCGAAAUUACAGACAUACAAUGCUCCUUUUUGAGCUCUGCGAUUGUAACAAAUAAUGGGGUGUACAUUAUUGGUGAUCUCACUGCUAAAGCCAACGCAUACGCCAAAUCGAACGAAGAUUUACGAUUUUUGACACUUCCUUUUUCCAAGUUUAAUUUUUUGCUGAAUGCAGCCAGCGGAGGCGCAGAUCAUUUUGUUCUUUUUCCUCACAACGAAAACAGUGAAGGUUCCCAAGGCUAUUUUUCCAAGAACUUGAGUGAAUUGCUCUACAUUGAACCAUCCAUUAUUCCCUCUGUCACUUCUCGCUCCAAUGGUUCCAAUGAUUCCUCCUCUUUCAAAUAUUCAUCAGAUUUAUCAACCAGAUAA